UGCCCCGGGAUGAUCCCGUGGUUGUACAGAGGACGGUACUAAACCAGUACGCAAGUUUAUAGGUGCUGUCAAAAGCAUACUGGUGGGUAACGUUAACCAGCUGCACCGCCUGCUGCUUGCUCAUGACGUAAUCUCCUCAGCAGCUCUCAAACCCCGCGCUCGCGACAGCAGCGGCUUUGGAUUGCGCACGCGCAUUGGGAAGCAGGCGUUCUAAACUGGCGCCAUUUCGGAUCCGCGCGGUGUCAGCGCGCGAAGAGCCAACAUGGAGAACUGAGGCGCCCGCUUCACAACCGCCAGGAGUUUCUGUUUGUUUAUUACCUGCACGGAGUCCCGGGAAAAGGAAAGCAUCGCAUUUCUCUGUUGAAUUUCACACACAGAGUGCAGCGCGUCAGUCUCUGCAGACAAGUGUCGCUUUUCAUGGGAUUAUUUACUGAGAAACAAACGCGUUUCAAUUCGAGCAGAGCUGCGCGGGGUCCUGAAAGACGGGCGCUGCUGCUUGCAAAGUCUGUUUGUGAUGCAUAUAUAUGAAUGGGAAGGCUACGAUAAAAACAAAUAUAUCUACUAAAUACAAGCCGAAGCGGUGUUUCUGAAUGAAAAGAAUCUCCCAGUAAAACCAGUGCAGAUGGAGGUCAGGGUCUCCAUGUCGCUCUUUCAAGAGCAGCUCGCCUCUCCCGUCGAGCGCGCAGUGAAAGCGGCUGUGGACUCCGUCCUGCGGGAAAUCACUGAAGCUGUCAGCAGCAAAUUCACUGAGAUCCGAGAGGAAAUGACUGCAAUGAAGAGAGAGAAUGAAAGGCUGAAGCUGAGACUGGAAAUAUCAGAGAGCGAGCUGAGAGCCGUGCGAGGGAGUAUAAACGCUGCAGAUACAGACAUCAAACAGCCUUUCAUAUUUCAGGAUCCCAGAGAGAGCCACACUAUCCCUGAAUCUAAAGCACAGGAGGAGCCAAAGAUAGAAGCAGUUUCCACACAAGAGGAGUCCUUUGAGCAGGAGUGCUGUGCAUGUCUAAUGCAGGUUACAGAGCUACCCUUUGUUAAAGAUGAAGAGGUCCCUGAACAGCAAUGUGUUCCUAUCAAAGAGGAGAUCAUAGAGCAGGAAUGUGUCUCCAUCGCAGAGGAACCUCCUCCUGAAAAUAAUGCCUGUACACUUGAGGACAAGAAGCAGCUGGGAUCCAGGCUGUAUGGUGAUUCUCCAUCUGAAUGUGAACUGGGAUUUAGAGAUCCCAGAGAGAGCCACACUAUCCCUGAAUCUAAAGCACAGGAGAAGCCAGAGAUAGAAGCAGUUUCCACACAAGAGGAGUCCUUUGAGCAGGAGUGCUGUGCAUGUCUAAUGCAGGUUACAGAGCUACCCUUUGUUAAAGAUGAAGAGGUCCCUGAACAGCAAUGUGUUCCUAUCAAAGAGGAGAUCAUAGAGCAGGAAUGUGUCUCCAUCGCAGAGGAACCUCCUCCUGAAAAUAAUGCCUGUACACUUGAGGACAAGAAGCAGCUGGGAUCCAGGCUGUGUGAUGAUUCUCCAUCUGAAUGUGAACUGGGAUUUAGAGAUCCCAGAGAGAGCCACACUAUCCCUGAAUCUAAAGCACAGGAGAAGCCAGAGAUAGAAGCAGUUUCCACACAAGAGGAGUCCUUUGAGGAGGAGUGCUGUGCAAGUCUAAUGCAGGUUACAGAGCUACUCUUUGUUAAAGAUGAAGAGGUCCCUGAACAGCAAUGUGUUCCUAUCAAAGAGGAGAUCAUAGAGCAGGAAUGUGUCUCCAUCACAGAGGAACCUCCUCCUGAAAAUAAUGCCUGUACACUUGAGGACAAGAAGCAGCUGGGAUCCAGGCUGUGUGAUGAUUCUCCAUCUGAAUGUGAACUGGGAUUUAGAGAUCCCAGAGAGAGCCACGCUAUCCCUGAAUCAGAAACACAGGAGGAGCAAAAGAUAGAAGCAGUUUCCACACAAGAGGAGUCCUUUGAGCAGGACUGCUGUGCAAGUCUAAUGCAGGUUACAGAGCUGCAGUUUGUUAAAGAUGAAGAGGUCCCUGAACAGCAAUGUGUUCCUAUCAAAGAGGAGUUCAUAGAGCAGGAAUGUGUCUCCAUCGCAGAGGAACUUCCUCAUGAAAAUAAUGCCUGUACACUUGAGGACAAGAAGAAGCUGGGAUCCAGGCUGUGUGAUGAUUCUCCAUCUGAAUGUGAACUGGGAUUUAGAGAUCCCAGAGAGAGCCACGCUAUCCCUGAAUCAGAAGCACAGGAGGAGCCAAAGAUAGAAGCAGUUUCCACACAAGAGGAGUCCUUUGAGCAGGAGUGCUGUGCAAGUCUAAUGCAGGUUACAGAGCUGCCGUUUGUUAAAGAUGAAGAGGUCCCUCAACAGGAAUGUGUUCCUAUCAAAGAGGAGAUCAUAGAGCAGGAAUGUGUCUCCAUCGCAGAGGAACUGUCUACUGAAUAUAUUGCCUGUGCACUUCAGGAGAACAGCAAGCUAGGAUCCAGCCUGUGUGAUGAUUCUCCAUCUGAAUGUGAACUGGGAUUUAGAGCUUCUAAACUAGAUGAAGGAGAACCCGACUGCACUCCAUCACCCCACUGCAAAAACUCUUCUAGUGGGAAACCACAGUGCAAGAAGCGCAGAGAAACGACACCCCAAGAAGAGUAUGUGAAGACAUUGAGAACUCACUCAGUUAAAAUCCCUUCUUUACAAGACAGACCCCCUCUUACUGUGGAGAGUACAGAGACGCCACAUUCUGCAUGUUUUAACAGUUCUGAAACCCAGGGCAACUUGAAGACCUUGCCUCAUUAUAUUAAUGGUGGGAAGAGUUCCUGUCAAUUAGACAUUCCUGAAACUCACAAGGGAAAUCCCACAGGAGGGACUACAUUUUCCUGGGCUGAUUGUGGGAAGAGUUUCAAUCAUAUAUCACUGCUUAAAAGACACCAACACAUUCACAUAGGAGAGAAACCUUCCCACAUACAGUCCAGUGAUAAGAGUUUCACACAGUUAGGGAAUCUUCAUUCACACCAGCGCAUUCACUGCACUGAGUGUGGGAAAACAUUCAGUCACACAAGGAACCUUAAAAAACACAAGACUGUUCACACAGGAGAGAAACCUCAUCACUGUGCUGUUUGUGGGAAGCGAUUCAGCCAGUCUGGAGACCUUAAAAGACACCAUAAAAUUCACACAGGAGAGAAACCUUAUCACUGUGCUGUUUGUGGGAAGAGAUUUAGUCUGUUUGGAAACCUUAAAAUCCACCAGCGCAUUCACACAGGAGAGAAACCUUAUCACUGUACUGAGUGUGGGAAGAGAUUCAGUCACAUAGGAAGCCUUAAAAACCACAAAGCCAUUCACACAUGAGCUAAACCUCAUCACUGUGAAGAUAUUCAGCCAGUCUGGAGACCUUGAAAGACACCAUAAAAUUCACACAGGUGUGUAAUCCUCUCCCUGCAUUUAAUGUGUGAAGAAGUUAAGUCAGUUGCUGGCUCUUACAGGACUCGAGAACAUUCUCAGAAUUGCAGACACUUGAACAACAGGAGUGCAUUUGACUAACUACAGAAAUAUUUACUGAAAACGAAUGAACCUGCUUGACAAACAGGGUCACCCCCAUGGCCUUAACUAGCUAUGAGGACACCGGGGGCGAGUCCACGCUUGUUUUUUUUUUAAUCAUCAGUGGUGA